GUAUUGGGUAGCAUCGAUAUCAAAUUUCGAAACAGAGGAGCGGAUUUAGAAGGAAUUACUGGGGAAUUUUGUUUUCUUGAAGUUGGCCAGCGUUUACCUACUUCCGGCAUAGUGUAGGAAAACUAAAAAUGUCUCGAAGAUAUGAUAGCCGAACAACAAUAUUCUCUCCAGAAGGUCGUCUUUACCAGGUUGAAUAUGCAAUGGAGGCAAUUGGCAACGCAGGUUCUGCGAUCGGGAUAUUGUCUAAAGAUGGAGUUGUUUUGGUAGGUGAAAAGAAGGUCACCUCCAAACUCCUGCAGACCUCAACUUCGACAGAGAAGAUGUACAAAAUUGAUGAUCAUGUUGCAUGUGCUGUGGCUGGGAUAAUGUCUGAUGCAAACAUAUUAAUCAACACUGCAAGAGUUCAAGCCCAGCGAUAUACUUACGCUUACCAAGAGCCGAUGCCUGUUGAGCAACUGGUUCAAUCCCUUUGUGAUACAAAGCAAGGCUACACUCAGUUUGGUGGUUUACGUCCCUUUGGUGUUUCUUUUCUGUUUGCAGGAUGGGAUAAAAAUUAUGGCUUUCAAUUAUACAUGAGCGACCCGAGUGGAAACUAUGGUGGUUGGAAGGCUGCUGCAGUUGGUGCAAACAAUCAGGCAGCACAGUCGAUGCUAAAACAGGAUUACAAGGAUGACAUCACUAGGGAAGAAGCCAUCCAGCUUGCGCUAAAGGUGCUUAGCAAAACCAUGGACAGCACAAGUCUUACUUCAGAUAAGCUUGAAUUGGCUGAGGUUUUCCUUUCACCUUCUGGAAAUGUCAAGUAUCAAGUUUGCUCACCUGAGUCGGUGGGCAAGUUAUUGGUGAAGUCUGGUUUGACUCAACCGGCUGCUGAGGCUUCCUAAACACGUCUUAGACGUUGAAUUACUUCAUCGUGCUUGGUCUGGCAUAUUUCACGAUCUAAUAUGACUUGAAGUGACAUCUGGUGUUUGGAUGUGUUGUUAGAUUGUUGAGUUUAUCUUUCAGUUGCACUUUAUGAAGUUUAUAUGUAACCGUGUUAGAAACGUCGGUCAUUCACUUUACUAUGUGCUACUAUCAAGUCAUGUUAUUACAUUGCAAUUAUUUGUUCCUUUUUAUUUGAUGAA